GGGGCAAAGUAAAAUUUCCACUAAACUGUAACAUUCUCCCGUGGUUCCUGCUCGCUCGUUCUCUAGGCGUUCCUUUUCCUUGAAGCGACCGCAUCAGAAAACCCUCGCGUUCCUCUUUGAUCCCCGCAGCGAUUCCUUCGAUUCAAGGCGUCAUCGUAUCUCCUGACUCCACUAGCGUAUUUGUUGCUGUUGCAGACUAUUGUUUGUUGGCUAGCUACGAAGAAUGGUUUCCUUUGAGAUGAAUGAUCAAAAAAAGAUUGGUCUGGGAUUGACUGGAUUCGGUAUAUUUUUCUCAUUCUUGGGAAUCAUUUUCUUCUUUGACAAAGGGCUUUUAGCAAUGGGAAAUAUUCUCUUUCUAUCAGGUCUCAUGUUGACCAUUGGUCUCAAGUCCACGAUGCAGUUCUUCACAAAGCCUAAGAAUUACAAGGGUACGAUAUCAUUUGGAGUUGGUUUCUUUUUAGUCCUGAUUGGCUGGCCUAUUUCAGGCAUGAUCUUGGAGUCAUAUGGCUUCAUUGUUCUCUUCAGCGGCUUUUGGCCCACCCUUGCAGUCUUCUUACAAAGGAUCCCUGUCUUUGGCUGGCUAUUCCAACAGCCAUUCAUCACAUCGUUACUCGAACGAUUUAGAGGCAAGCGAGUUCCUGUGUAACCUUUCACUAAGUAACAGCUCUGCAAAAUGCAACUUGAAAUUACAGCUACUUGUUUGUAACUUUCGAUACUAAAUGAAAUAUUUGCCUGUUCAUAUAUGUAUGAAUAUGAUAGAUUGUUGUUUCAUUUGUUUUUUAUUCUUCCGAGAGCUGUAUAAGCAUUGUUGCUCUUGUUUA